GAAAGGUAUCCGAUAAGCCGCUCUACUCUCUUUCCCCGAUCCCGUUGGUCCACUAGGAGACCGGAGAGACCGUAGAGAGAGGUGACUAUGGAGGGGGAUCAUGCAGGCAACAUGGCCGUCUGAAUCGCGGACAACCCGAAGAUGCAGAGUCUAUUGUUUUCUGCUUUGUGUCUGAAACUCUUCUGGAUUCUGUCGUGUCGGGGCCAGAGCUGGCCUACUGAUGGUGUAUAUUAUGGGAUGUUGGGGUCCAACGUGACGCUGGCUUGCGGGACGUCGCCACAGAGGUCACCAGUGGAAUGGCGUCUCAACCAGAGCUCUACGUUGCCAUGGCAUCGCGUCACUGCAAAUGGCAGCUUGGUGCUGUUCAACGUCAACCAAUCAGCAAAGGGCAACUACAGCUGUCAUGGCGACCAGGGCACCACCCACAGCAUUGUCUCACUGAAGCUCGGAUAUCCACCAGGGCCCCUGAACGUAUCCUGUCGAGUCCCGAAUCACAAACACGUGCGCUGCUCGUGGGUCAGCAGAGUCAAAACCUUCCUGCCUGCCCAGUACCACGCCUUCUACUGGGAAAAUUCUUCGUGGAAACUGUGUGUGGUGGAUUCCACCAACCACCACUGUGACAUCGCGCAUCCCCAUUUCUGGCAGCUCAACCAUCGGCUGAACAUCACCGAGGUCAACCCCCUGGGAGCAGCGCUCACCAGGCAGACCAUCCAACUGCAUAAGCUCUUGAAGCCGGACCCUCCGGCGGAACUGGUGGUGGCGGCCCGGUCCAGCUUCCCCACCCACCUGAACGUGUCCUGGCGGUACCCGCACUCCUGGCCACAGCUGGACUUCUUCCCCCUGCUCUUCCAGAUCAGAUACAGGCCCCACGGCUCCACGCACUGGGCACAGAUUGAGUCCAUGGGGACUAAUGUAUUGGUCCAUGAUGCGCUGGAGGGCUACCUCCACGAGGUGCAGGUCCGAGCCCAGGACGAGCCUAACGCCGACAGCCACUGGAGCGACUGGAGUCCCCUGAUCCUGGCCCGGCCUUGGGAAGCCCCAGGAACAGAGCAGCCUGAUGUCUCAGGAGGAACACCCCCCACUGAAGUGUAUCCAGAUGACCCGCUUGACACCGAGACCAUCACCAGUAAGAACAGACACGACGCAGCAGGGGAAGAAGAGAAACUCAGUUUGGUCAUUCUAUUGGUUAUCUUCUCCAUCGUCAUCUUCAUCAUCAUCCUCUCCCUCACCGUGGUCAUGUGUUUGAGGCAGAGGAGACGUCAUGUGACCAAACAGGAAGUGAGCUCCAUGCUCAAGAUGAAGGCCAUCCCUCUGUAGGAUUGGAUCCGUCCUCUGUCCGUCUGAACCACUGCAGUUCUCUUUGCUGGUUCAAACUACAUCCCCCACAAUGCAUGGUCCAGUAGAAGCAGGAUUUCCAGUAGGCAGAAGCUGAACUGUAUAAACAACUGUUGAGAGUGUUGAGUUUCACCUCACCUCAAACUACACUACCCAUAGUGCAUCAAGGCAACAAGGCUUUUAUCUUCACAGUAACGGACUCCUGAAUUGUUAUUGGAGGUGGGCCUUGACGUCGAUCCUCCAGCCAUGUUCUUCCUCUCAUCUAUACCAGCCAUUUUUGUCCACAAGAGAACAGUUUUUUCUGAUGUUUUUUUUGUGAGAAGAUAAAGACUGACUUUUAUUUAAAUGUCUGACUGUGAAGAAGCGUCAAACGAAACUGGGCAUUACUGAAUACAAGUAUUCAAUAGGGUGUCGUCUGCAUACAGGCGUACUAUAAGGCAGGGCUGUUUCAGAUCUUUCAGCUCGGGAGCCCAAAGACAAUUUGGGCCGACCACAGCACACUCAGAAUACCCAGACAACAUCCGAUCCGUCUCAUUAAGAGGUUCACCAAUUCUGGUGUGCUCAGAGUUUAUUGUGCAUGGACAGGCUGUGACCCGCCUCUGACCGGAUGACCACCAGUUUCGGGACCCAAAACCGAUGUUUAAGAAGUACAUAGGAUAAUUAGAGUAUGGUGUCUAAAUACGUACAUCAGAGUAUGGUGUCUGAAUACGUACAUUAGAGUAUGGUGUCUGGAUACGUACAUCAGAGUAUGGUGUCUGGAUACGUACAUCAGAGUAUGGUGUCUGGAUACGCACAUCAGAGUAUGGUGUCUGGAUACGCACAUCAGAGUAUGGUGUCUUGAUACGUGCAUUAGAGUUUUGUCAACUGGACUCUACGCACUCUGCAGAGAGAGACAGAGAGAGAGAGAGAGAGAGAGAGAGAGAGAGAGAGAGAGAGAGAGAGAGAGAGAGAGAGAGAGAGAGAGAGAGAGAGAGAGAGAGAGAGAGAGAGAGAGAGAGAGAGAGAGAGGGGGGAGAGCGAAUAGCGCGAGAGAGAGAGAGAGAUGGUAGAGCUUUCAGCCUAGCACACACCAACAGUGUUGUAACAUCACAUUGAUGUUUGAACAAGGUCUCAGGUGUGUCAGUCCCUCGAUUCAGUGUUUCUGAUCUGAGUUUAAAAAAUGACCUUUAAACAGUACAUUGUACUUCUUCCCCCCCAGCCAUUGAUAUUCAUAUUCAUUUGAAUGUGUGCACAAACACAAUCCCCAGACACUUAAACCACAUGGUGGGGUGGGGAUUUCAUAACCAACAGGAGAGCCUGUAAUGUCUUAAACAUCGGGUUGAGUUCUAAUGUCAUUAGCCUUGGGUGGAGUUGUGAUUUCAUCACCUACGGGUGGGGUUAUGAUGCCAUUGCCCAUAGCUGGAGUUCGAUUGUUCCAAACCUAAAUGUUUUAACAGUAAAACUAUGUUCUGUUUAUUCUGAGCGAGUCAGUUACUUUGUGCUGAUCUAAAGUUGUGUAUUUACAUUGCGAUUGAUUGAUUGGCCUGAGGUGUAUUUUGUCAGCCCUUUCGCACGUUUGCAAACGUAACGGCCACUCAAGCUAGCUUUUCACAUUAUAUGCAUGAAUCCAACGAAAGCUUUCUCUGUAUAUUAUUGUAUAUUUUUCAUCAUUUUAUGUUUCAUGUAUGUUACCAAAAGUGUUUCUAUGUUUUUCUAUGUUCUGGUUCUAACAGGAAGUCCCUCCAAAUAUGCUUUUAGUUGUAGUUUAGCAAAAUGUGCCACUUUAUAGCGCCAGUUACUGAAAAUAACCAAAUCACUAGAGGAAACAACUAACCUGCAAAUGAGGACACUGUUGCUAAGUGACCAAAUUAUACAGGAUAUGACGACUGGUUAAUACUACUGUUGGCUAUUACUUCUCUAAGUAAGCUAGUAGUACGAACUGUUGGCUGGUAAUACUAAUGGUUAGUAGUACUAUUGGCUAGUAGGACGGUUGCCUAUUUGUUCUAUUGGCUAGUAGUAUUAUCGGCUAGCACUUUUGUAAUGUUAGUACUACUUGCAUUAGUAUAUCUGUCAGGUAGUAGUGCUCAUUUCUCUAUGUAUUAGCGGCUCUUGUCGCAAACAUGUGUAGCCUUCAGCUUCCAAUGCAAUCUGUUUAUACGUACCUUAUAGAUUAUAUUUGAUAGAUUAUAUUUGAUAGAUUGCUGAUCUAUCUGAUCAUGUUCAGCAUUGAGUCAUUGGUCUCCAUGGUCUAGAUUCAGAGAGAGAUUGAGAUAAUGUAGCCUAGAUGUAAAGGAAAUAGAUAUUCUAGAUUUUCCGUACAAAAGAAAGCUCUGCAACAGGAGUAAUCACAUAAAACACCUAGCACUGAGUAUAAUAGUACUAUUAGUUGUACUACUUCUGGUAUAAUAGAUACUAGACAGAUCUACUGUGCAGGCUAUGUGUAUAUAUGUAUGUAUAUAUGUAUAUAUAUGUAUACAUAUAUCUAUAUAUAUAUGUAUGCUGCACCAUGAUGCAAAGUGUUAUAAAAAACAUCUCACUCCACGUUACCUCAUUGCAUAUAAAGUAUAAAUCACAUAUAAUUCACAUUAAUAACAGCAUUGUUGCCUAUAUUUCACCUAUAAAAGACGCUUAUAUGCUUUUUAAUCUAUCAUUAUGUAGGGUUUUCUUAUUCGCAUCAGUGUGUGAUUGUAUGAAUAUAUCAUGUCGUGUAGUGUUUUGUACUUUUUAAUCAGUGUUUGUAUGAUUAUAUCAUGUGCAUGGGGGUCCUGUCCCUUCAACACAUAUUGCGUAAAUCCCCUUUGGGAGUAGAACUCUGAGAACACUUGGAUUUACUCCCAUAUGUAAAUACUACUUUGUUUGUAUCACAAUAAGCUGUUUUUCUCUUCUGUACUUGUGUCUUUGAAAUAAAUACUAUUUUAUCACAACACAA